AUGCGUUUCUCCACCAUUCUGUCUCUUUUGCCUCUGGCCCUCUCCGUUGCUGCCGUCAACAUCACCGAACCUGCCAAGGGUGCUGACGUCGAUGUCUCCGGCUCUUUCACCGUGAAGUGGACUUCCGUCAACACCGACGCCUCCACCGUUGACAUUGUCCUUAUCAACAAUGCCGUCUACCCCACCGUUUCGGAGAAGAUUGCUUCUGGCAUCGACACCUCCAAGGGCUCCUACACUGCCUCCGGCCUGAAGGGUAUCAACCUGCUCUCCACCGACGCCAAGAACACCGGCAUCCUCGCCCAGUCCGAGCAGUUCGAUGUGAGCGAAGCCAAGAGCUCCAGCGCUACUACUACCGCUUCCGGUUCUUCUACCUCCUCCACUGGAACUUCCACUGGCACCCAGACCUCCACCCAGACCGGUCUGACUACCAGCGCUUCCUCCACCGGCACCGCUACCGGCUCUGCCGCUGCCUCCGCCACCCCCUCCACCGGCGCUGCUAUGGGUCUCGUUGCCCCCGGUGCCGCUGCUGGUCUUCUGGCUGGUGUCCUCGCUCUCCUGUAA